AUGGCGUCAAUAAGAAAGAGGAAGGGAGCUGAUCCGAUUGCUCCGUUUGCAGACAAAAUCAUGGGGCAUAUGAACACUGACCAUCCAGACUCGGUGAUUGCAUAUGCAAGGCAUUUCGCAGGUGUGGAUACUGCUCUCGAUGCUACAAUGACUACUAUUGAAUCUGAUGGCUUCACUGUCGAGUACAAAGAGACUAUAAAUGGACCUAAAAAGGAUGUAUGGGUUCAAUUCGAGACUCCUCUCAAGUCUAGAGAAGAGGCUCGAACAGUGUUGGUGAAAAUGGCAGAGGACGCUGAAAAGGCCUUGGGGAUUAAGGUGAAACAUGACAACGGGAAGGCUUCACAUCCGUCAGGCAAACCUGCUUCAGCACGAGCUCCUCCACCUUCCACACCAUAUUGGGUCCGAUCCAUGGAAUUACCAGACGCUCCCACAAUCAUUCUCUUCCUCUUCUUAUGGUUUAUGGCUGCAUACGGCGCUUACGGACCACCACUGCCACAGACAAACGCAGUCUUUGUUCACCUAGAAGGCAUGAGAACAUAUGCAGGUGGCCCAGAAUUCUAUGUCCGCUGCCUCGUUGCCGGCCUCGCACUGCACGGAGUCGAAUCGCUGGUAUGCAUUGUAUUAGGUAUAUGGUCGCGCGUGCAUCCCGUUGUCAUUAUCUUUUAUACGCUCUCAACACUGGUAUUCGGAGUCCCGUCAUUGAAAAUGAUGACCAAGGCUUCUAUUACCGAGGCUGGUAGACGUAGUGAGAAUGGAUUGGGUGGGCUUACCGUAUUGGAUUGGUUGGGUGUUAAGAAUACGAGUAUGGUACCUGACUCGUUCGUCGAGUUCUCUGAUGAUGAACCAGAGGUUACGGUGGAUGAGUUGUUGGCCGAAGGAGGUGAUGACGAGGAGGACGAUUGA